GAGGGGGGAGGAGGAAAGGAAGCACGUCAAGAUGGCGGCUCCCGUGUCGCCCUUGGUUACUGGGCGCCGCCUGAUAAACGCUGCCAUUCGACCCGCCGCUCUCGUCCUAACUUGCUGGGCCCCGCGGAAAGCGUAUACAGUUCAGGUAACAGAGAAAGCUGCCAGCGGUGGACUAGCAGAUGCUAAUUCGAAAGCCUUAUUGCUUUGCAAUGGACCUUUAGAACAUUAUGAAUUCCUUACCAAAGUGGAGCAGCUGAGGAAUGAUGAACAGCAAACGAAAGUCAUGCGGUGCCUGCAGAAGCUACACGAAAGUCUUAAAGGCUACAACCUCAGUCCAAAACACAUAUUCUCAAAGCUUUUCACAAGACGUAAACCUCCAAAAGGCCUUUAUAUCUAUGGUGAUGUUGGCACAGGAAAGACAAUGGUGAUGGACAUAUUUUAUUCUCAUCUACAAGUAGAAAGAAAAAAGAGAGUCCAUUUCCAUGGCUUCAUGCUUGAUGUGCAUAAAAGAAUACAUUGCCUUAAACAGAGUCUACCAAAACGAAAAGCUGGAUUAAUGGCUAAAUCAUAUGAUCCAAUUGCUCCUAUAGCUGAUGAAAUAAGUGAGGAAGCCUGUCUCUUGUGUUUUGAUGAAUUUCAGGUCACAGAUAUCGCUGAUGCUAUGAUUCUCAAACAGCUUUUUGAAAACCUGUUCCAAAAUGGUGUCAUCGUUGUAGCCACAUCAAACAGGCCACCAGAAGAUCUCUAUAAAAAUGGGCUCCAGAGAGUUAACUUUGUGCCAUUUAUUGCUGUACUAAAGAAAUACUGCAACACCAUCCAACUGGAUUCUGGAAUUGACUACAGGAAGCGUGCACUGCCUGCUGCAGGAAAGCUGUACUAUCUCACAAGUGAAGCUGAUGUGGAGGCUGUCAUGGAUAAGUUGUUUGAUGAGCUGGCUCAAAAACAAAAUGAUUUAACUAGACCAAGGAUUUUAAAAGUACAAGGCAGAGGACUGAGAGUGAAUAAAGCAUGUGGAACCAUUGCAGACUUCACAUUUGAAGAGCUGUGUGACAAACCUCUUGGAGCCAGUGAUUAUUUGGAAAUAUCUAAGAAUUUUGAUCUGGUUUUUGUUCAUAAUAUACCUCUCCUUACAAUGGCAAAAAGAACCCAAGCUCGACGCUUCAUCACUCUCAUUGAUACUUUUUAUGAAAAAAAGGUGCGUCUUAUUUGCUCUGCAUCAGCUCCCCUCCAGAGUAUAUUUAUUCAAGCGGACCAUGAUAGUGGACUGGAUGAGAAAAGGGUACUGAUGGAUGAUUUGGGGUUGAGCCAGGAUUCAGCUGAAGCACUUUCUAUGUUUACGGGAGAGGAAGAGAUAUUUGCCUUUCAACGGACUAUCUCGCGACUUACCGAAAUGCAGACAGAGCAAUACUGGAAAGAUGGGGAUCGGAGCAAAAAAAAAGUUGCAGCCAAAGGUUAAAAAUAAACAGUAACUGAAAAGAAAAAGGGCUUCAAGCACAUUAACUAACUUGACACUUUAUGUAUCAUGUUAGUGUUAAAAACUACAGCAUUAGUUACUGUCCCCCUUUAAUGCCAAUGUAUAGAUAUAAUUUUAUUCAGUCUAGCAUGAAAAAUUUAUUGACCAAAUAGAACAUUUCCUUUUAACUGAUGAUGACUGGAAAAAUAGGUAAAACAUAUUUAUUAUUGGCCAUAUCACAUUGCGGUUUGCACAUAUAAAAGAUACAAGGUAGAAACAUUAAAUGCAUAUUUUGAAUCUUAUCAAUCUCUGUUCUAUUGUUAAAAAUAAAAUAUACAAAUGUA